UACAGCCGCAGCCCAGCCGCCGCCCACUGCGUCUCGACCCUGCCCGGACCCGACCACCCGGAACAGGCAGACACGUCUCGCCGCGCUUCUCGCCAAUGGCUCACCAACUCUUUCAGCGCAAACCCUGGGACCACGAGCAGCUUCGCCCGGACCCCGACUCUGACUCCGAAGGCCUGUUUGACAAGCCUCCUCCAGAAGAGCCCCCCGCUGUCCGCCGGCCCAAGUCGGCGUGGGCCGCGGGCAGGAAGGCCGGUCGGCGCACUGGUGGGAGGGCGCAGGGGGCCCGCCCUGGGCAGCCCCCCAAGGCCGCGGCGCGCCCCCAGCCCCAGGAGGAGGCGCCUCCGCUGCACGAGGGCUGCUAUCUCGACCAUUUUCCGCACCUCUCCAUCUUUAUCUACGCGGCCAUCGCCUUCUCCAUCACCUCCUGCAUCUUUACCUAUAUCCAUUUACAGCUUGCCUGAUUUGCUGGGGAUGGGCUCAGGGCUGAGGGGGGAGGGAAGGGAAAAGAAAGGCUCGGCAUUUUGUGUCUGGAGACGCGCCGCACCCCCUUCAUCUAGCUUUUGAUGCUUCUUUUCUUCUCUGCUUGUCACUACCUUUGUCUAACUGUCCAUCAGUAGGAACGUCCAAAGCAGCUACCGCUAAUGAAAUAAGCACCUGGGGAUUAGGGGCGGGAACACAGACUCCAACGUUUAGAAUCUCGCGGUGCGAUUGAACCCCAUUUAUAAUGAGGAUAAUGUCCUUGGACCCUACCGCUUUGUGAGGUGGGGGCACGCAGAGGAAGCCUGUCAUUUUGUGUCUGGGGCGCGCACAGCGAGCCCAACCCUCUGUUCUUUAAGGGAUGAGCCAGACCCGGGCCCGCCGCUUUCCAGAGAGAGGGCCCCGCGGAGGGGGUCGGCGCCCUGGCCUGGGAUAAGCCCAAGCCCUGUGAUGCUGCAUCGCCCCCGGAGGAGCCAGCAGUGCCCCCCGAGCUGGCGCAGAGCCCGGAGCGUGGGAACUGGCGGACCUGAGAGCGCAGGACACAGGUUUGAUGCCGCUACCGAUGUCGGGCCGAGCCGAGACACAGCCGAAGGAGCUGUCCUGCCAGGAAGCCACAGUCUCGUCGUGUCCUGGACGGCUUGGGACCAACGGCUGUAGACCUCCAGAGACGCACGCCCAUAGCUUGCACGCUGCGCGGGAUGAGGCGCUGGGGUCUAUAGGGGGCUGUCAUUGCUGUCUUUGUGGACCUGGGGGGGCUUCAUCCUGGCCCAGAGCCCUUCCAGAGCUAUGGGGCCCAAGAUGAAGGGGGUGAGGGAAUCUCUCAUUGACAAGAAUUUGUGCUAGGAAACUACCCGACUCCUAGGGGUUUGUCAUCUCAUACCUAAAAGACCUAACACCAAAACCCACCUUGGCAGGUUAUUUACCCACCUGCCAUCUCUGUUUACACAUGAAUGUUAAAUGUCAAAACAUAACGCUCUAAUACUGCAUAUACUUUACUUGGAAAUGCCUGUAAUUAUGGUACCUCUGAUGGAAUAAAUGCUCCUUUUCCAGUC